AUGUUUGGUACCUGGGUUAAUCCGAAUGCACCGGACGUGAUCCUAGAGGUAGGACCACAUCCUUGCAGCACACGUUACGCCGCUCAUGCAUCUCUACUAGCUACACACAGUGGAUAUCUCAGAGCCGCACUUCGUACAUUGGACCAACACCAAAACAACCCAGCUGGUCCAUUACGAAGAGUUCUGCAGCAUCAUUCGGGUGUUGGUACAACGUCAGAAAUAUGUUCCCUAUCGGCCACACCAACCACGGCCUCUUUGCUCUAUCUACCGAAUGUGACACCGGAGCAAUUUACACCGUUACUGUCCUACAUGUACACUGGCUAUCUGGAUCUCACGAUGGACAACAUUUUUGGAGUGCUACUAGCAACCCAUCUGCUUCAUAUGCCACGAGCACUUGAGCUUUGUCGAACGUAUCUGUCAUCAUCGUCUAACCCGACCAACACUUCUACUUGCACUUCCAUAUCCGGCGAUCCGUUACAGCGCAGUUAUUUUACCACAAAGAACGAUGCAACAGUGAGUUCUGCAUUUUCAGCAGCCAAUAGCACAUCCAGACUAGUACGUCCGAUUGCUAGCAAAGCAAUGGCUACCGUAGGAUUAAAUUUCAUAGCACCUCCUACCGCAUCGCAAAUAAAUCUACUUCCUAGUUCAUCCUUUCGCAGUCUCGGCGAUACGGCUAAUGACAUAUCAAGUGAACAUCCUGAAGAAGAGUCUCAACACGAAGCUCAUUCUGCUUCUCAAAGUCCCAUAAGUGUAACGCGCUAUGAAGAAGAAAGCAUAGCGCCUUUAACACCACAAAGAUCGCCCCUUUUGGAAAGCGAUACCAAAGACAACACCGAUCGCAAAUGUGACGAAAAUACAUCCAAGUCAGACGAUCCAAUCCACACUAAAGGGAGCACUUCAGACCUGGCUGCCACGUUAGAUAGCGAGAAUCGUUCGAAAAACCAUCAGAUUUCUUUCGUUAAACGGCAGAAGGUUCAUCAGCAAGACGUGACUAACGAGGGUACAAAUGGAGUGAUCAUCGAUAUUGCCAGCUGUGAUGGACCAGUGCGUUUUCGGCGUGUGCUAAACGUCAUGUACGGUUGUAACAAAAAUAAUCGAACCGCAGACUGUAUGGAAACAUCUAAAGAGGAUGCAUUCAGUUUAGCAGAUACCGGAAACAGUGCAAAGAAAAGAGCCUCUCGGUCAUUGCGUUAUGCAUCGUCAUUUCAUCAACAGAUGGCGCGCAACAUCAGCAACACAGGAAAGCUUGCGUACGAAAGCUUCUCCUCGUCUUCUAACAGUAGUUGUCAAAAAUAUCAACACCAGCAAAACCAGCUACAACCAGUUGCUGCUACAAAAUUCGUACUUUCACAAGAUGAGGAACAGAAGGACGAAAACAGUCAAGAGGACAUUACUGGCUUCAGUGCUGAUUCUAUCAACGAUACUGAAGGAAGCUCCAGCUACACUUGCGUUUAUUGCAAACACACAUUUAAAUCGCAUUACUGUUACCAAAAGCACGCUAAAAGACACCUUAUACCUCUUUGCUUGGACAACAAAUCAGCUGCAACCUACGGUGCGUCAACGGUGAAAAAUGUAUCACAUUCAGGUGGUCACCCGAAGGUGGUGUACGACACACGUCGCCGUUCACACCAAAGUUCCACCACCACCAGCAGUGGCAGUCAUUUAAUCAAGAGAGAAGUGAAACCCCUCGACAUGAACGUGCAGUAUUAUCCGUGCAAAACGUGCGGUAGCAAGUUUCCUAGUUACUAUUUUGUGCACAAACAUCGAAAACUUUGUCAUGCAGAGGAUGAAGACGACACGACAAACCUCAGUACAAGUACGGCUUCCAAUAGCACAUCUGUCGGCGGCAUUUCCAAGGAGACCCGCGAGACAAAAGCUUUUCAAGCGGAACAUAGUGCUGGUGCCGAAAGGCGGUUAGAUUUUCUAGCGAAUGUAGAUCAUACACCGCACCAAGUGGAACAGCAUUAA